AGAUGGAUGCUGCGCAUGCGCGAUGUUAGCGGAAGUGACGCAGACGGCUUUGCUUCCGUUGGAUGGUGUGUCUGCUCGAGCGUCAGCAGCGGAUCGGUUCUGUUCGAUUCACCGUGAUCAGAAACAUCAACUCAACACAACAGAUGUCAUUCGGUGUCCCGCACAGCGGCGGACGGCGCAGUAAAUGGGACCAGGCCGGCCCGGUGUCGUCUGGAGAGGCGGAUGGAGGUUCUGCUCCCACUGGAGCUCUGGACGCUGCUGCCGCCGUCGCUGCCAAGAUCAACGCCAUGCUGGUGGCCAAAGGCAAACUGAAGCCGUCUCAGAUCAGCAGCGCCGCGCCUGCAGAUAAAGUUGCAGGUGUCGGUGGGAAUAAGGUGAAAGAUGACCUGGUGGUGGCAGAGGUGGAGAUAAACGACGUCCCGCUGACCUGUCGGAACCUGCUGACCCGCGGACAGACUCAAGACGAGAUCAGCAGAGUGAGCGGCGCUGCCGUGUCCACCAGGGGGCGCUACAUGUCAGCGGAGGAGAAGAGCAAAGCGCUGCCCAGUGACCGUCCGCUCUAUCUGCAUGUGCAGGGACAAACCAGAGACUUAGUGGACAAGGCCGUUAACAGGAUUAAGGAGAUCAUUACUAACGGUGUAGUGAAGGCCGCCACCAGCUCGACCUACAGCGGAGCGACGGUCACCGUGUACCAGCAGCCCGGACCCGCCGCUCCACCCACAAUCCCCCCUGCUCCACACAAAGCGCACUUUCCAGGAGGAAUGCAUUAUGUGCAGGAUAAGGUGUUUGUGGGUCUGGAUCAGGCCGUCCAGGGUUUCUGCGUGAAGGAGCGUGUGGAGGGUCCGGGCUGCUCGUACCUGCAGCACAUUCAGGCAGAAACGGGAGCCAAAGUCUUCCUGAGGGGGAAAGGGUCCGGCUGCCUGGAGCCUGCGUCCGGACGAGAGGCGUUUGAGCCCAUGUACAUAUACAUCAGUCACCCUAAACCUGAAGGACUUGCUGCUGCAAAAACCCUCUGUGAAAACCUGCUGCAGACCGUUCAUGCUGAGUAUUCUAGAUUCCUGAAUCAGAUGAGCAGUGUGAUGCCCACACAGGCAGGUUUCAUUCAGCCUCCUGUCAUUAAUGGAAUCCCGCCGCAGCCUCCGUAUUACCCUCCCGCCGGAUUCCAGCCCUCCUAUCCCGCGCCCGUCCCGCCGCCACCGCAGCCCGUCGCUCCUCCGUAUCCGGUGGCUCCUGUGGCCCCGGCCCCCGUGCCCCCCCCGACCGCACAGUAUCCCAUCACGCCCGCGCCCGCAAACGUCCCGCCACAGACUCUUCCUCCCGCUCCGUUCCCGCCCGCUGCAGUGGCUCCGCCCAAACCCACGGCCCCGCCCAACCCGCCACAGAAACGCCGCUUCACAGAGGAGGUGCCGGACGAGACGGACAGAGGCCUUCUGGGAUACCAGCAUGGACCCAUUCAUAUGACUAAUUUAGGUGCAGGCAUGUCUGUGGGCAGCUCAGAGGCGUCAGGACCCCCGUCUGCUGCUUCCUCAGGGCCUGUGAGAGAGAGAGACAGCAGCAGACAGCUCAUGCCGCCUCCGUGUGCGUCAGCGCCGGUCAACGGACUGAGACCUCCGAAAGCAGACGAGAAGACGGCAACGCCGAGCCUUCUGGGUAAGACAGACGCCACACACACCCUCGAUGAUCGCUGUAAAUCACACUGACUGCUUUCUGCAUGCAGAUAUGAGGCUGCAGCAGCGGCGGACCGUAUCAGUAGAGUAAAGGUAAAGCUGAAGCGUGUCAUUUCAGCAUCUUUACCAACAUGUGAUCCUGCAGGAAAUGACACGCUUCAGCUUGACGGCCGUCAUUGGUUAGAAUGAGGCUCCUCCCCUGCGCGUCUGCCGUGCCGUGUGACUGCCGCACUAACGGGCGUCUCUCUUGUGUUCUGUGUUCUCUCUCUUUCUCUGUGUUUUUUCCUCUCUCUUUCAUGUCCCUCCGGGGGGAUGCCUGAUGGGCGGGGCCUCGCUCCCUUCCGCCUCCUGAUUGGACGCGUCCAAUGACAUGCGGUUGUCACCCACCACAUGCGUUUGAUUUAACUUCCUGUUUCCUUCAUUCCUGGUACGUGGUGUUGUGUUUGUGUGUUUCUCUCUGGUUUCUGGUCUGUCCAUCAGAGCCGCAGGUGAAGCGCGUCCGGACGGGGCUGGUGGCGUACGCCGGAGAUUCCUCUGACGAAGAGGACGAUCAUGGACCCUCUAAAGCCGGCUGGACGCUCGGGACGUACCACUGCCCGCCGUCGCCUCCCCACCGGAACAAA